UGUAUUAUCAUUAAUUACAUAAUGGCAGAAGUGAAAUUGUUUGGAGUUUGGGACAGCCCAUUCAGCAAGAGAGUUGAAUUAGCCCUCAAAUUGAAAGGUGUGAAAUAUGAAUACAUAGAAGAAGAUCUCAAGAACAAAUCCCCUCUGCUUCUAAAUUACAACCCGGUUCACAAAAAAGUACCGGUUCUGUUACACAACGGCAAACCCAUUUCUGAAUCAUUGAUCAUUCUCGAAUACAUCGACGACACUUGGCAGCAGGGCCCACCCAUUUUACCCAAAGAUCCUUAUCUAAGAUCCAAAGCUCGUUUCUGGGCUAAGUUCGUCGAUGACAAGUGCAUACCUGCAAUGUGGAAAGCUUGUUGGCAGAAAGGGGAGGAGGGAGAGAAGGCUAUGGAAGAAGCAAAUGAUGCGCUGGAAUUUCUGGAAAAUGAAAUUAAGGGGAAGAGAUUCUUUGGAGGUGACGACAGCAUUGGGCUUGUUGACAUUGCUGCUGACGUCAUCGCUUGUCGGAAUGGAAUUAUUGCAGAGUUGAUGGGAGUCCAGUUCUUGAGAAAAGACAAGUUUCCCAAUCUGUGUAAAUGGGCAGAUGAGUACUGUAACUGCAGCUUUGUUAAGGAAAAUCAACCUCCUAACCAGAAAUUGAUCCACCAUUACAAAGCUUUGAUCCAAGCUUCCACCUCAUCUAAAUCAACAAAAUCAAUGGCGGAAGAAGUUCAAGUGUUGGGAUCUUGGGCCAGCCCAUUUAGCAAGAGGGUAGAAAUGGCACUCAAAUUCAAAGGUGUGGAAUACGAAUACAUUGAACAAGAUCUCAAGAACAAAUCCCCUUUGCUCCUCAACUACAACCCGGUUCACAAGAAAGUGCCGGUUCUCUUACACAACGGCAAACCCAUUGCCGAGUCACUAAUCAUCCUCGAAUACAUCGACGACACGUGGCAGCAGGGCCCACCCAUUCUCCCCAAAGAUCCCUACCAAAGAGCCCAUGCUCGUUUCUGGGCUAAGUUCGUCGAUGAUAAGUGCAUGCCUCAAGUAUGGAAGGCUUGUUGGAGUGAAGGAGAGGAGAGAGAGAAGGCGAUGGAAGAAGCAAGUAAAGCUCUGGAAUUUCUUGAAAAUGAAAUAAAGGGGAAGAAAUUCUUUGGAGGUGACAACGUUGGACUUGUUGACUUUUCUGCUAAUUUCCUUGCCUACUGGUGUGGCAUUCUUGCAGAACUAUCUGGGCUUCAGUUCUUGACCGAAGAGAAGUAUCCGAAUCUGACUAAAUGGGCAGAUGAGUUCUGUGGUUGCAGCUUUGUCAAGGAAAAUCUACCGGACAAGGGUAAAAUGGUCCACGUUUUCAACGGUUUGACCAAAGCUUAUACUUCAACAGUGUAG